UCAAAGACAAAAAUUCUGGUGAAAAUCCACUUGACACCUGGGAUAACAAAAAAUUAAUUUAAGCUUUUCUGUCCUCACUCGUUCAUUUGUCUCGCAAUGGAUAAGUCUACCGCCAUCGCCGCAUUGAAUACCUGCCGCCCAACUGAAUAAACUAAAAAAGGAUAUUUAAACAAAUAUAAACAGAAAUUAUAAAUUUUUAAGAAAUAUUCGUGUGGUGUCCUUUUUUUUUUGAGGAACUUUCUUCCAUUGUGGACAGUGGAAGAGAGAAAGAGAAUAAAACUAAAAAAAAAGUUGACCGAAAAAAAAUCAAUCCUUUUAUAUUCGCGUGAAUAUCCUUGAAUUUUCCAAAUAGAAAACCCCGCACCGGUUGUCAAAGCACAAAAAAAAUCAAUUAACCUCUCUCGUUCUGUGAUCCUUGAAAAAUUCAAUAAUAUCCUUAAAUAAUAAAUUUAAAAAUUAAUAAAAAACAAAUAAAAAAAAAAAAAAACUAUGACUUCUCAUGGUAAUUCAUCAUCAUACAUGGAUCACGGUAAUCCCUAUGGUUCCUCAUCAACAAAUCCCCGACGAACAACUCAAUCUUCGACGGGAUACUAUCAAAAGGGAGGAACCUCUUCGAGUGGCUCACCAUCAAGAUCCGGUAGUGGUACUGGCAGCGGCAAUGGCGGUAGUAAUAAUGGAGGAGGAAAUUCAGGAGCUAUGGUUCAUCGACAGAGUUCCCAACAACAACAACAACAUGACCAAUCAUCAUCAUCAAACCUGCAUCCUGAGGAUUCUUUGGAAUAUUUUAUUAAAUUUCCAACUCCACACUUUAAGAAGGAAAUUGAAUCGGCCGAAUCGGAUUUUGUGUUCGUCUAUAAGGAGACAAAUGUUCCUAUUGUAAUGCUGUUAGGGUGGGCCGGUUGUCAGGAUCGUUAUUUGAUGAAAUAUUCCAAAAUUUAUGAAGAUCGAGGCUUAAUAACAGUCCGUUACACAGCACCUGUGGAAACACUAUUCUGGAAACGCACCGCCAUGAAACCAAUUGGAGAGAAAAUUCUUAAACUAAUCCACGACAUGAAUUUCGAUUCACAUCCUUUAAUAUUUCACAUCUUUUCAAAUGGUGGUGCCUAUUUGUAUCAGCACAUAUCUCUAGCAAUUAGAAACAACAAAAAUCCGAUCCAGAUACGUGGAAUGAUAUUCGAUUCUGCACCUGGAGAACGACGGAUGUUGGGUUUGUUUAGAGCAGUUACAGCUAUUUAUGGCAGAGAAAAAAGGAAAUGUAAUUGUUUGGCAGCAGUUUUUAUUACCUUGACAUUGAGCUUUAUGUGGUUUGUUGAGGAAACCUAUACAGCAUUUAAAAGUCUCUUUGUGAAAACUGAGCCCUCGCAAACAAAUCCUUUUAAUGAUUUGAAAAACGAACCAAAUCAAUUUCCUCAACUGUUUAUGUAUUCAAAAGGAGAUGUUGUCAUACCAUAUGAGGAUAUUGAAAAUUUUGCAAAAUACCGUGAACAACGUGGCGUCGAUGUUUCGAAAAUAUGUUUCGAAGAUGCUGAACAUGUCAAAAUCUAUACAAAAUAUCCUCAGCAGUACAUUCAUUGUGUUUGUUCAUUUAUAAAUAAUUGUUUGGCAGUUUUAGCCAUGGGAACUAUUAGAAAAACAAUAAAACCCAUUUUUGAUCCAUGGAAGUCGGUUUUGUUUUUUUUGAUAAAAAUGAUUAUUUAAAUUUAGUUUUUACAACCCUGCUCGUAUGAAAGUUAAAAUUACUUAUCAGUUACAUGCUUUUUCUGAUGAUUCAUGUGUGUUUAAGAAAAAUAUUAUGAAAAACUUUUCAAAAGCUUCCGCUAGUUUUCAAUUAUUAGUAAAUAAUAUUGUGUUAGUUUUUUUUUUAAAUUAAGUAUUUCAAAUACAAAACAAAUAUACUAAGUAGAUUUAUUUAUUUUUUGACUGCAUUAAUAUAAAUACAAUUUUUUUGUGAAACUAAAAUGAUUUAAAUUUAAAUUAAAAUGUUUUUGUAUUUAUUUAUUUUUAUUUUUUGUAAACUUGUGUUAUACAAUAAACUUUGAUUAAUGGUUUUCCAGGUAUUGCUUUUUAAAUUAAGUCUGUUUUGUGAGAUAGAAUAAUUUUUAAUGACUGUUUUAGUUCGAGUAUUCUAGUCAAUGGUGAAUUUUGCCGUUCAAGAGGUGAUUUUUUAAAAAAUUUUUUGUAGAUGUUGUUUUGAUGUUGACGCUUACGAAAACUGCAGUUUUUUUUAUAUCAAAAGGAUAAGGAUAUCGUUCCAUUAUUUUGAAUUAAAUAGUGCAAACAAAUAGUUUAAAACUUUGCAAUAAUAAAAAAAAUUAGAACAACAACAAAUCAGUGGAGUCAGUGAUGUUUUAUUUUGCUCAAAUUUUGAAAUAGUUGAUUGUUUAUUUAAUUCUUUUCAGGAAAGACAUAAAAUAAGAUACUGCAAAGUCUUAAGUAUUUUAUAAUGAUCAUAAUUUGCAUACAAAUAUUAUUUUUAUAGUCAAGUGUAAAAACCCGAAAAAUAAAUCAAAAACAAAUAACAUGAUUGAGU